AUGUCAAUGGCAGCUUCCAGUACGAUACGGCCAUUGGCCGGUCGACUUAUCCAGACCUCAUCAUCAAAGGUCUCCGCCACCACAUCUCGAGUCGCCUACUUCUCCACGACCGCACCGCAAUGCAAACGAAAGACAAAAGACAAUAACCCCAAGCGAGGUGUGAGUAGUCUGUACGGAUCAGGACCUCGCGAGCCUCUGUCAAUGUCAAACAUCCCGCUACCGAAGCCACGGCAGUUCAAGCCCAGGAUCAAGGUCGACCCUGAUCAUGGUUUGUGGGGAUUCUUCCCAGCACAAGGAAAGACAUUGGCAACACCCAAAGAGACUGAGGAGCAUGGACGUGCAUGGUCUGUCGAGGAGCUGCGAAAGAAGUCGUGGGAAGAUCUACACUCUUUGUGGUGGGUGUGUUGCCGAGAGAGGAACAUGCUAUCUACAUCAAGGCAAGAGCUCAUUCGAUCCAAGAUGGGAUUCGGUGAGCGAGAGAUUGAUACUCGAGAUGAGGAGGUCCUGAAGACACAGCGAGCCAUAAAGCACGUCUUGACGGAGCGAUAUUACACAUGGCAAGACGCCGUCGGUGUCGCCAUGAGCGACCCCGAGAUCAACUUCGAGGGCGCGGAAGGUCAAGUCUACACACCAUCGGCUUAUGAAGAUGAGGUUGAUGUUGCUGAGUGGACACAACCAGAGGCCGAGUCAGAGGCGGCCAAGCAGAUUGAUCCUGUUGCCACAGAAGAACAGGAGGCCAAGAUCGAGAAGGAGUUGAAGAAGCAAUAAGAAACCGUUACAAGCGAGACGACGUCAUGUACUAUCUGAGUGAUGGGAGAGGUGGUGGUGCUCUAUGAUGUCCGAUUAGGGACAGGUUGACAUAUUCGUCGUGUACAUCUAGGAUAUGUAAGAUACAGUAGACGAAACACACAUGUAUAUGCGAG